AGGAUGGAGAGGGCAAAGUUUGGGUACAGCUGUCUUCGUGAUCCCAUUGUGAACCACGGGGAUGCCUUCAGUCCGAACGAGCGAGACAGGCUGCAUCUGCGAGGACUGCUUCCUCCUGCUGUCAAGUCGUUGAGCCUGCAGGAGAAGCGUGUGAUGAAGCAGCUGAGUGAGAUCAGCGAGCCCCUGCACAAGUACUUCUUCCUCAUGUCGCUCCUCGACACCAACGAGACUCUCUUCUAUCGCGUGCUCGUCGACCAUCUCCAGGAGCUCAUGCCCAUCAUCUACACGCCUGUCGUCGGGCUGGCAUGCUUGCGGUAUGGGCACAUUUUCCAGCGCCCGCGUGGCAUGUACCUGUCGAUAGAGGACAAGGGCAACGUGAGCAACAUCCUCAACAACUGGCCCGAGUGUCAGGUGGACGUGGCUGUCAUCACUGACGGCGAGCGGAUUUUGGGCCUGGGGGAUCUCGGGGCCUACGGCAUGGGGAUCCCGAUCGGCAAGCUGAACCUCUACACGGCAUGCGCUGGCAUUCACCCGAGACGAUGCCUGCCGAUCCUCGUCGACGUGGGGACGAACAACAAGAAACUGCAUGCAGACGCCAUGUACACGGGCCUGCCGUCAGCGAGAGUGCGGGGAGAGGCUUACUUCGCCUUCAUGGAGGAAGUUCUCACGUCCUUGUCCAGUAAGUUCCCUGGGAUCCUGAUACAGUUUGAAGACUUUGGCAACACAACCGCCUUCCAGCUGCUGCAGAGCUACAGGCAGAGGAUCUGCACGUUCAACGACGACAUCCAGGGAACGGCAGCGGUGGCGCUUGCGGGCCUGCUAAGCGCUGUGAGGGUCAAGGGGACGAGGCUGAGAGAUGAGGUGCUGGUCUUCAUGGGGGCAGGCGAGGCAGGGACCGGCAUCGCAGACCUGGUGGUGGAGCAGAUGCAUGCAGAGGGGCUGACGAAGGAGGAGGCAAGGGCAAGGUGUUGGCUGGUGGACAGCAAGGGGCUGGUGGUCAAGUCGAGGAGGGAGGAGCUUCAGCAUCACAAGCUCAACUAUGCGCACGAGCACGGCAAGAUCAAGGACCUGCUCUCUAUCGUCCGCACCCUCCGCCCUACCGCCCUCAUCGGCGUCUGUGCGACAGCCAAGGUCUUCACGCGGGAGAUCGUGGAGCUGAUGAGCGAGAUCAACGAGCGCCCCAUCCUCUUCCCUCUCUCCAACCCCACGCAGCUGGCCGAGUGCUCGGCAGAGGAGGCCUGGACAUGGACGCGAGGAAAGGUUCUCUUCGCCAGCGGCUCUCCCUUCGACCCCAUCGAGCGCGACGGUCGCUUGUUCGUCCCCGGGCAAGGCAACAAUGCCUACAUCUUCCCCGGCGUUGGGUUGGGCGCGGUGGUGGGAAAACUCCGUCAUAUCACUGACAACAUGUUCCGAAUCGCCGCUCGCGCUCUCGCGGAUCAGGUGACGGACGGAGACAUCAAGAAUGGAUGCUUGUUCCCCCCGCUACAAGACAUGCGAAGGGUGUCGGAGAAGAUCGCGGUGGCAGUGGUGCAUGAGGGAAUGAAGGAGGGGAUGUGCUCUGCGACGCUGCAGGAGGGUGAAGUGCUUGCAGCCGUUCGGAAGGCGAUCUAUGUGCCGGACUACUCGCCCAUGUGUAAACUAUGAGCAGAGAGAUAAAGGGGUUGCAAUCCAAUGUAGGAGGGGAGGGGAAAGAGAGGAAGGGAUGGAGUAGGAGAGAAAUAAAACACAGGAGGAGUCGG